AGUUUGUAAACAAUACGUUUGUUGGAUGUUAAUAUUUUGAUAUAUUUUCUGUUUUUCUUAUUUAUUUAGUAUUCUAAGACGUUUCGUUUUGGGGUUAACAAGUUUAAGUGAUAUAUAUAAUACGAUGAAUAUUGAUUUUGAGACCAUGGCUGUUUUGGAAGAGGAAUCACACAAUGAAUCCCUGGGCGGGGUGUACGGGUCAACAGGCGCGUCCGGUGCGGAGGGGGGUGAGAGGAGGGAGAGUGGCAAGCGCGGCCGCAGACCCGGCAGAAAGGCGCAACUCGACAAGCAGGACAUGAAGGCUAAACUGGAACGCAGCAGGCAGUCGGCGCGUGAGUGUCGCGCCCGUAAGAAGCUCCGUUACCAGUAUUUGGAAGAGUUGGUGGCUGAUCGAGAGAGAUCAGUACUUGCGCUGAGGAAGGAACUCGAUAAGUAUUACAAAUGGAAUCUCGAACUCGACCAAGGCCGUAUGCCGGACGGCAUCGAGACGCUGCUCCAGGAAAUGGGAGUAGUGAAGCAAGAGGAAAACAAACCUUUUUGAAUAAAUAUCUUCAGAGGUAACACUUUACCUUUUCUCUUAUAUUUAUCUGCUGUACUUAAAAUGAAACUUCUUCACAAUUCUGGCCAUCACAGAAGUUUUUUUUUUUUUUAAAGUAAAUUCGUAUUUCGAAACCACAGUUUGAAU